UGAAUCAUUCAAUCUUGGUAACUGAAGGGAGGAGCUGGUUGGCAGUAGGAAGUGAGACUUUUUGCACCGAUAGCAUGGAUUAAAGCCAGAGUAUCAGAGGCAAUAAUUGCGAAACAAUUUGCGAAGAAAAAGAGCGUAAAAGGAUUUAUAUUUUCUGAUAGCUCUUUAUUAAUCGCAUUUAUUUUUAUCGACGUUAACCAUGGCGAGGGACUACGACCAUCUCUUCAAGCUUCUGAUUAUCGGCGAUAGUGGUGUUGGUAAAAGUAGUAUUCUGUUGCGGUUUGCAGAUAAUAUGUUCUCAGGCUCAUAUAUAACAACAAUUGGGGUUGAUUUCAAAAUCAGAACAAUAAAUGUAGACGGCGAAAAAAUCAAAUUGCAAAUAUGGGAUACAGCAGGACAAGAAAGAUUCAGAACUAUCACAUCAACCUACUACAGAGGUACACAUGGAGUUAUUGUUGUGUAUGAUGUAACAAAUGCGGACUCAUUUGUAAAUGUUAAACGAUGGAUGCAUGAAAUAGAGCAAAAUUGUGAUUUAGUCAAUAAAGUUUUAGUUGGUAACAAAGAUGAUUGCCCAGAACUAAAGGUUGUGGAAAAAGGACAUGCUGAAAAAUUUGCUGAACUGAUGGGUGUUCAAUUAUAUGAGACUAGUGCAAAGGAGAACCAAAAUAUUGAAGAGGUAUUCAAUUACAUAACGAAGCUUGUUCUUGACUCGAAGAAAGCCCAACAACAAAAAGCAGAUCAGGACAAAAGUCAUGGAGGCAUUAAACUUGAUAAAACUACCAAGAAAAAGAAAAAGGGUUGUUGUUAGUACCAGUAAUAAAUGAAAGCUCCCUAGGUAUAAGACCUUUACCUAUGUAGAGGCAUCUAUAUAUGUUAAUAUUUUCUAUCUAUAAAUUUUGUAAAGUAUGGUUUUAUUUGGUAGAGGUAGGCAACUGGUCUCUUGUUUAGAGAUGGCAUGAAUCAAACCCUUUUUGCUAUGUUUUGUAUUACACAUGGCAAAUUCAACCAGCUUACAUAUGUACUGAUGUUCAAUGUAUUUUGUUUUGUGUGCAAUGGAAAGAGAUUUUUGAUAGCCUGCUAUAACCAUAAACAUUGGUAUUUUGAGAAACAUCCUUUUUAUAAUGUCUGUAUUGCAUUGUUGCAGCUUUACAAGGUUUAGCUUUACUGUAACUAAACACUAUGUGUGCAUUCAGCUUUGUACAUUGUCUGCAUCAAAGUUAAUUUUAAGUCAAACCGUCAACCUCAAUUGUUUUUUGUUUUCAGGCUUUCCAUGUCCUUUAAUCUUGCAAUAUCAAGGCAUUAUAUCUAUUCAUGUCAUAAGAAGUAAAUUGGUAACAAAGUUGAAACCAGAUAAUUAGCAGUUUUGGCAUUCAUGGGUAAUUUGACAUUAAGCAAAUGUAAAAGAAUGAACUAGAGCCAAAUUGUUUCUUUGACCAGCUUGGAAAAAGUUUUAAUUAUUACUGACAUACGCAUAUUGUAAUGUUUUGCAUUUAUCAUAAACAAUCGUGAUGGAA